CUAAACUUCAAAAAUCUUUUACUUCAAAAAUCAAAACAUACAUUCGUGCGGUCCGCGGAAAAAAGCUCCGUUUGUUUUGUUUGAUAAUUUUAUGACUGAAAAUUUUUUUAAAGAAAAAUAUACUUGAAAUUAUGAGUUUAUCUGGCUGUGUUUAUGAUGGUAAUGAAAAUCAGAUGAGUUUAUCUGGCUGUGUUUAUGAAAAUGAAAAUCAAUUUCAAAUGCAGUUUGGUUUUAAUGAGUCUUUUGAAUCUGUAGUAACUCAUCAACCAGAAGUGAUUUAUGAUGGAAAGCAGAAUGCAUUUAGAUCCUCAUUUUCUAUACCCCUUCGAUUAUCUCAAUCUACUUUUAUGAAACCAUAUUUUUUUUAUUCUUCUCAAACUUACCCAAAAUCUCUACUUACAAUGCUAGAUAAUCUACUGAAGUGUAACGAGUUAUGUGAUAUUGAUAUUCGAGUUGGUUCAAGGAGAUUUCGCGCUCAUAAAGUUGUUUUAGCAGCUUGUUCUUCCUAUUUUCGUGCAAUGUUUACUAGAGAAAUGGCCGAACAGCGACAAGAAGAAGUCCUAAUUCAGGAUAUAGAUGAAAAAGCCAUGGAGCUAUUAAUUGAUUUUGCAUACACUGGUAAUAUAAAAAUUGAUGAAGCUAAUGUUCAAAUUGUUUUGCCAGCAGCAUGUUUACUUCAAAUUACAGAGAUACAAGAAGCAUGUUGUGAGUUUUUAAAAAAGCAACUUGAUCCUACUAACUGCAUAGGAAUUAAGUUAUUUGCUGAUACUCAUUCAUGUAGAGACCUGUUUCAUAUUGCACAUAUGUAUACAUUGCGGAACUUUCAGGAUGUAAUCCUUAAUGAAGAGUUUUUAUUAUUAAAUGUUGAGCAGGUUUGUGAUAUUAUUCAAAGUGAUGAACUUAAUGUAAUAUCAGAAGAAGAUGUAUUUAGAGCUGUACUAAAAUGGGUCCAUUUUGACUUAAUUGAUCGAAGAAGUAAAUUAAAAGAUGUACUACAGCAUGUGCGUUUACCAAUACUAAAUGCUAAGUUUUUAGUUAGUGUUGUCAGCACUGAUAUGUUAAUAAAAAACGAUGCAGGUUGUAGAGAAUUAGUAGAUGAAGCCAAAAAUUAUUUGUUGUUGCCAGAACAGCGGGCGGUCAUGCAUGGUCCUCGGUUUAAGAGUAGACGACAAAACAAACGAGAAUUUUUGUUUGCAGUUGGAGGAUGGUGUACAGGGGAUGCUAUAAACAGUGUGGAAAGAUAUGAUUCACAGACUUGUGAGUGGCACAUGAUGUGUAGCAUGAACAAACGCAGAUGUGGUGUUGGUGUUGCAGUGCUAGAUGAUUUUUUAUAUGCUGUUGGUGGACAUGAUGGGUCUAGCUACUUGAAUUCUGUUGAAAGAUAUGAUCCUAAAGUAAAUCAGUGGAGUUCAGCUGUUUCACCUACAAGCACAUGUAGAACAAGUGUCGGUGUAGCAGUUUUAGAUGGUUACUUGUAUGCAGUGGGUGGUCAGGAUGGAGUAUCUUGUUUAAAUAUAGUAGAAAGAUAUGAUUCAAAAGCAAAUACUUGGUCUCGAAUAGCACCAAUGAAUUGUCGUCGACUCGGAGUAGCUGUUGCAGUUCUUGAUGGUUUGUUAUACGCUAUUGGUGGCUCUGAUGGAACAUCUCCUCUUGCAUCUGUAGAGCGUUUUAACCCCUCUACAAAUACAUGGACAUUUGUCCACCAAAUGUCAACCAAGAGAAAGCAUCUAGGUUCUGCUGUUUUUCAAAAUUUUAUAUAUGCAGUUGGAGGUCGUGAUGAUACUACAGAACUAAGCAGUGUUGAGAAAUUCGAUCCAAAGACAAAUAAAUGGGCUCCUGUUGUUGCAUUAAAUUCACGUCGAAGUGGUGUUGGUCUUGGUGUUAUGAAUGGAUCACUUAUAGCAGUUGGUGGGUUUGAUGGCACAUCGUAUUUAAAGUCCAUUGAAAUUUAUGAUCCUACUGUUAACCAAUGGAAGCUUCACCCUGGCAUGAAUGACAGAAGACUUGGUGGAGGUGUUGGUGUUUUAACAUUACAUUAUAGCGAUUGGAUAAAUUUAUGCGAAUCCUAAAUCUUUAUAUUAUUAAAAUGAAACAUAGUUUUUUUAACAUGACUAUC